CACUGAGAAAAGCACUUGGACCACACAAGGCUAGCUGGACACAAGUGUGUGAGUGAGUAAACGCUGCUGCCAGUGGCCUGAAAUUAAGGUGAAAGCCAAAUCUCAGUAAAAUCGCAACACUGGUGCAAGUGCUAUGAUGAACCUGACAGAAGUUCAUGGCGGGAGCCUUUUUAAUGAAGCAAAUGCAUCUGACAAUGUCACCCUGGCCACCCUGAACAUACAGGGACCAAUAAACAAGACCGUCAAUAUACUGACUGUCCUCAACCUUUUUAUCACCAUGAUAUCCCUGGGCUGCACAAUGGAGAUUUUCAAAAUUAAGGCCUAUCUCUUCAAGCCAAAAGGAGUAGCCAUUGCCCUGCUGUCCCAGUUCUGCAUCAUGCCCAUUACCGCUUUCAGUCUUGCCAAAAUCCUGCAGAUGGAGCCCAUAAAGGCAGUGACCGUGCUUAUCUGUGGGUGCUGUCCUGGGGGAACCUUAUCAAACAUUUUUUCUCUUGUUGUGAAAGGCGACAUGAACCUCAGCAUUGUGAUGACCACUUGCUCCAACAUUGCAGCCCUGGGUCUGAUGCCUUUGCUGCUGUAUAUCUUCUCUCAAGGCUUCACUGGAUUGGAAAAUGCCGUGCCGUAUGCCGGCAUCCUCACCGCUCUUGCUUUCACCCUGGUGCCUUGUGCUUUUGGCAUCGCUAUUAAUCACUUCAAACCAAACAUCGCAGUGAUGGUCAAAAAAGUUGGUCUCAGUAUUUUGAUCAUCUCCAGCAUCAUUAUUUGCAUCCUGUCCUUCUAUAUUGUCAGAAAUGUAAUAUGGAUGAUCCUCAUGCCCGAUGCUCUUAUUGCAGCUUCACUGAUGCCCCUGAUUGGCUUUACACUGGGAUAUGUCAUGUCUGUCUUAUGCAGACUCAGUCCACAAUGCAGCAGGACCAUCUCCAUGGAGACUGGAUGUCAAAACAUCCAGCUGUGCGUUACAAUCCUAAAGGUGGCCUUUCCUCUUGAGGUUAUUGGGGCCAUGUUUCUCUUCCCUCUAUUAUACAUCACAUUCCAGUGCGCUGAGGUCUUUCUCUUCGCUCUGGGCUUCAGAUGUUAUCAAAGAGUCAAGCCACCAGCUGAGGAUACAGAAAAAGAGGAAGACCAGAUUGUUGGUCCUCAAGACAAAGAGGCGAAGCAACCAUGAGAGCAUCACUGAUGAUAUUCCAGCGCUGGCGAAGGGUACAAGGAACAGAUUGGUACAUCAGAGAAUAAAGCCACCCAGUGCCCUUACUUUAUAAAUGUCAUCUGCCUGUUCAAAGAUCAGGGCUGUGACACUGAAGGACUGUGUGUGUGUGUGUGAUGGUGGUGGGGGGGGUCUCUUCAUUAUUAUAUAUCUAUCUAUCUAUCUAUCUAUCUAUCUAUCUAUCUAU